ACUUAACGUCCAUUAAUACCCACUCAAUGGUUGGUUAAUCUCAGCCAUUCACAAACCUCACAUUAUACUUUAUCAAUUAUCAAAAUCAUUAGCACCAUUUAUUUAAUUAAAUAAAUUAAAUUUGAACCUUUCAAUGGUGGAAGAAAACAAAAGAAAGCAAAUAAAUUAAAUUUUAAUUUUUGAGAUGACAGAAAAUGAAAUCAAAGUAAUGCAGAACCCUAAUAAUAAUAAUCUACCUAUGUGUAUGUAGUUUUCUGAAUUUUGAUUUUUCAUAAGGUAGGGUAUAGUAUAGUACAUUCAAUAUUCAAUUCAAUUCAAUUCAAUUGUAUAUUGUAUAGUAUACAUUAUUUCCCAGAGUAAGAAAUUAAGCGCGCGAAAGAGAUUGCAGAAUGAGGAAAACAACAAAACGUCCUUCCAAGAAAUCUUUCCAUGUUGAAAAUGGAAACGGAAAACCUCCGUCACCUUCGCACCCGCAACCGGGUGAUGGAGCAGAGAGAACGGUGAAGAAGGUGAAAUUGUCCAAGGCUCUUACCAUUCCUGAUGGGACGACGGUUUCUGAUGCAUGUAGACGAAUGGCGGCUCGCCGUGUUGAUGCUGUUUUGUUGACUGAUUCCAGUGCUUUGCUUUCUGGGAUUCUUACUGAUAAGGAUGUUGCUACUAGAGUUGUUGCUGAGGGUUUGUUACCUGAUGAGACGGCUGUGUCCAAAGUAAUGACAAGGAAUCCUAUUUUUGUUACGUCAGAUACACUUGCCAUUGAUGCUCUUCAGAAGAUGAUUCAGGGUAGAUUCAGGCACCUCCCUGUUGUGGAAAAUGGUGAAGUCAUUGCCAUAUUGGAUAUCACAAAAUGUCUUUAUGACGCCAUAGCUAGGGUGGAGAAGGCUUGUCAGCAAGGGAGUGCCGUUGCUGCUGCUGCAGUUGAGGGGGCGGACCAUCAGCGAGCUCCAAAUGCUUUCAUUGAUACAUUGAGGGAGCGCAUGUUCAAGCCUUCCUUGUCAACUAUACUUGGUGAUAAUACAAGGGUUGCUAUUGCAUCAGCAUCAGAUCAUGUCCAUGUAGCUGCAAAAAGGAUGCAAGAGUUGCAUGUCAGUUCAUCUGUGAUUGUAACAGAUGCCAAAGUUCAGGGGAUAUUGACUUCAAAAGACAUUCUUUUGCGUGUCAUGGCUCUACAUCUUUCCCCAGAGUCGACCCUAGUGGAAAAGGUAAUGACUCCAAACCCACAAUGUGCAACACCAGAGACAACAAUUAUUGAUGCUCUGCAUAUGAUGCAUGAUGGAAAGUUCUUACAUCUUCCUGUGGUGGACAAAGAUGGAAAUCCUGUUGCUUGUGUGGAUGUUUUGGAGAUAACUCAUGCUGCAAUUUCUCUGGUCGAAAGUAGCUCUUCUGGAAAUGUCAAUGAUGUUGCAGGCACAAUUAUGCAAAAAUUUUGGGACUCAGCUUUUUCUCUUGAACCACCUGAAGAUUAUGACACUAACAGUGAAAUCUCUGGACAACUGACUUUGGAUGGAGCAGAUACCACAAAGUCUACAUACCAGUCUGCAGGUUUUGGAAAUUCAUUUACUUUUAAAUUCGAGGAUCCCAAUGGUCAAGUGCAUCGUUUCAACUGUGGUUCUGAAAAUCACGAUGAGCUUGCAUCAGCUGUUAUGCAAAGAACUGGUCCUGUUAAUGAUGGAGAACGCCCUACACUGUUGUAUGAAGACGAUGAAGGAGAUAAAAUUAUUAUUGCAACUAAUAACGAUCUUGCUGCUGCUGUCAACUAUGCUAGAUCGGCAGGACUGAAGGCUCUAAAGUUGAGUUUGAGGUUUGCUGAGUCUACCAAAGGGAUACAACCAAGCUCUGGUAGUACAGCCACUAAACAGAAAACCGGUGCAGUGUCUGUCCGCUCUGGUAUUUUUGCAGGUGCCGUUGUUCUAACAAGCAUUAGUUUAUUGGUCUACUUAAAGCGCACCAAAUAGUGAUACAUUUGCCAGUUUGGAAUCAGAACAUGCCAGUCAUAACUGCAUAAAUUCUGAGUUCUAUGGUAAAUCGAAUAUUUGCUGCACACUGAAUAGGCGAAUGAUGUGAAGCUCUUCUAAUCGCCAUUUUUUUUCCAGCCUCUGAUGUAAGUUCACCCAGUAACCACUUCCCGUGGCAUGCCAUAAUCAAAUGUCACGAUAUUCUUCUAUAUAUUUAUAUCGAAUUUCAUAUUCCUCAGCAAAUAUUGGGAUAUCUGCAAUUUGUUAUUUGUAUCAAACUUUUUUUAUAGCAUUCAAAUUCAUUUAAUUAUUAAA